CCUUGCGCUCUCACCGCCUCUCCCAGCGCCGCCGCCCGCCCGCCGCCUCUCCCGCCGGCCACCGCGUCGAUCCCGCCGUCCGCCGCCCGUGCCUGCCUCCACCGCGCCCUUUCCCGAACCUUCACGGGCGUUCGCCAACCUCCGCCGAGCGCCUUGGCCCUGCCCUAGCCCUUCCCGAAUCCGGACGACUGACGGCGGCGCUCCGGUCAGGCGCCGGGAGAGAUGGUUUUACGUACCAGACGGCCGACUGUUGCAAUACGUAGUGGUGACGAAGAAGACUUUGAUGAUGAUGGUGAUGAUGAUUACAGUGACAACAACGAUUAUGAUUAUAUCUGCAAAUAUGACGCUAGCCGCAACCAUGGCAGUGGUGAUGACAAGAGCAGUGAUGAUUACAGCUGCACCGAUGAUGAUAGCAACGAUGAUGGUGAUGAUAUUGACAAUGAUGAUGGUGGUGGUGGUGAUGCUACUGAUAAUUUAUGUGCAAUAUGUGACAAUGGAGGGAAAUUGCUAUGCUGUGAAGGACAAUGUAAAAGGUCCUUCCAUCCCAGAGGAAAAGAUGGAAGGGAAUCUAAUUGUGAAACUCUUGGUUUAACUUCUGCACAACUACAGGAAAUUGAUCAUUAUCUAUGCAAGAACUGUGAAUAUAAGCAACACCAAUGUUUCAGUUGUGGAGAUCUUGAGCCAUCUGAUGGGCCAAAUGCUAAGGUGUUCCAAUGCUACAAAGCAUCUUGUGGGCACUUCUACCACCCCAGUUGUAUUGCCAAAUUACUUGAGCCUGAUGAUACUGAUGGAGCUGGCGAAUUGGAGAGGAGGAUUGCUGCUGGGAUGUCAUUUACAUGUCCUGCACAUUGGUGCUCAGAAUGUAGAACGAUGGAAGACAGUACUCAACCAGAACUUUGGCUUGCGGCCUGCAGACGCUGUCCAGUGUCAUAUCACAAAAAAUGUUUCCCAAGAAGCAUUUCCUUUGAGAGAAAGCGUGGCACAAGUGUACGCGCUUGGCACCUGGGUGAUAGAAUUAUGAUUUACUGUGGAAGCCAUAAACUAGAAGCUGAGCUUGGAGCACCUAGCAGAGACCAUAUAAAGUUACCAUCUAGUACAGAAAUGGAUACUGUUGGAACACAUUGCAUUGACCAAAUAAAGUCAACUCCCGUUCCAAAAAUUUAUAGAACAAGAAAUCUUGCUAAGAAGAAAACAGAAGUGACUGGUAAAAGGAAAAUGAACACUGAUCAAGGUUCAACUGGAACUGCGGAGCUGUCAAACAAGGUAUGUCGAGAAGAAGCCGACCAGAUCCAAACAGUAGAUAUGAAUAACUUAAGGGAAGAUAAGAUUCCAAAAGGGAGAGGUGUCCUCGAGAAAGAGACCAUCCGUUUAAAUCAAGCACACAGUGAUGAGCUAGAAAAGCUUAUUGUGGAGGAACAGGCUGAAGAGGAUGAAAACAACACCAAAUCUGGAGAAGAGAGAGAAACUCGUAGUAGAGAAAAUACAUAUAGGGAAAAGGAGAAGACUCUUGGGAACAACAGUAAUAAAUUUGGAUUACCUGACGGGCGGUUUACCUUCAGAUCUGAUGAUGAUCGAGAAGUUGAUGGAAGCCAUACUUGCCAGCAGGAGCUGAAGAGUCCUCACUACAAUGAUAAUAACAAAGCAACAGGAAUUGAUACUUCAAGUGACAAGUCAGGAAAGAGACAGAGACAGGAGGAACAGGCAACUGAUGGUAACAUGUUGGACUUGGAAAGGAACAAUAAGAAGUUUCACAUGGAAACUGGAAGAGAUGCUCAUCAAAGUCCUCAGCGUCUUCAUAAUCACAAAAAAACAGAUGCUCGUCAAAGUUCUUGUUCCUCAUCAAAAAAUCAUCCUCGGUGUAAUGAUGAUCAGAGAUCUUCAAUGACUUCCGAAUACAAAUCCAGAGAGGGAAGAGGAUCAAGUAGAGAAGAGUGGAGAAAUAAUAUGAGAGAAAAUUCUUAUAGGGGAGGGUCACCCUCGAGGAGAAGAAAUUCUCAAAAUAGAUCAAGGAGACAUUCUCCAGAAGGGCGAAGGACGGAGUAUCGUAACAGUCAUCAUAGAAGCAACAACCAACACAGAUAUGAGCAACAUCGACACGAUGAUUAUUUCAAAUGUCGUGAUGAUUAUUCCAAACGCCGUGAUGUUGAUACUGGUCGAAGGAGGUCGAGUCGUCGUGAGGAUCACUCUAGUGAUGGUGCUAGGAGGAGGUCGAGUCAUCGUGAGGAUCAUUCCAGUGAUGGUGGUAGGAGGAGGUCGAGUCAUCGUGAGGAUCAUUCCAGUGAUGGUGGUAGGAGGAGGUCGAGGCAUCGUGAGGAUCAUUCCAGUGAUGGUGGUAGGAGGAGGUCGAGUCAUCGUGAGGAUCAUUCCAGUGAUGGUGGUAGGAGGAGGUCGAGCCAUCAUGAGGAUCAUUCCAGUGAUGGUGAUAGGAGGAGGUCGAGUCAUCGUGAGGAUCAUUCCAGUGAUGGUGAUAUUGGCGGAAGGAGGUUGAGUCCCCAGCAGUCAGCACUUCCUUCUGGUAAUUUUGGUACUAGUCUCAGUCCCCCUUCACAUCCGACCACUGAAUAUGGUGCUAGCAGAAGGCAUGGUUCCCCUCCAUAUCAGAGAUCUGAACAUGCUGCUAGUGGAAGCCGUGGCCCCUAUAUGAACCCACGAGGAUCAGGCCCUGCAGACUACGAAAUGGAAAGGAGAAGUGUUCCCCUUCACCACGAUGUGCCCAAUGUCGAGGAGUACACUGGUCGACCACUGAAUAUGGUGCUACCAGAAGGCAUUGCUUCCGUUAAUACGUACUCUAUCCUUGGCCCCUAUAUGAACCCACGAGGAUCAGGCCCUGCAGACUACGAAAUGGAAAGGAGAAGUGUUCCCCUUCACCACGAUGUGCCCAAUGUCGAGGAGUACACCGGUCAACCACUGAAUAUGGUGCUAGCAGAAGGCAUUGCUCCCGUUAAUACGUACUCUCUCCGAGGGGAAUCUCCUGGUGCAUAUGGUCCUGGAACAGAUGCCGGCAUGGGCGAAGAAACCACAUUCCGUGGUGGGCGUUUCGGUGAUCAUGGUGUGAGGUCAGAUUAUCCACGAAGCAGCAGCAUGAAUGCAGAGGAUAGGGCUUUUGCUGCAGGGUCCGUUACGGAUAGGUAUGUCCCGCGCCUCGACCGAACGAACCACCCAGUUAGAGUUGAUGGUUAUCUGCCGGAUUAUCCCGUAUGGUAGGUUGCUGCUGUUGUGAUCCUCGUGUUGCCAGUCCCAGUCAGCCUAUGAAAUACCCUGCAGGGAACCAGCAGUUAAACCUCAAUUAGCCGCGAAGCGAAUCGAAUAUGUCAAACCUUAGUUUGUCAGAGUGGUUGGACGGUAACCUUCAACCCAAGGUGGUGCCAGCGUACCUUAACGAGUGUGUUUGAUGUUGGCCUCGGAUAUUGCCGAUUAACAGAAAUGAUCUGCUUAGUUUGCGGUUUGGUUGCUGGAGCGUGCUUGUUUUAUAAUCUGGUGUGGAAACUUACCCACAGAAGUAAGCAGAAGUGGUUCAGACAUAAGCGGGCCGAGCAAAUGGAAGUGUUGUAUAAUCCAGUGAAUGCCAAUCGCAGCCUAAGUCUUUGGUGGUCUUUUCUGUUGCUCCAAAUUUGUAUGUGGUAAUAAUCUGCAGUUGUUCCAAAUUUGUUGUAUUCCAGACCCGGAAGGUUUCUUCAGUUAUGCUAGAUAGACUUGUAGUGACCCUCACUGAGGGCGUGUGUUCAUGUUUGUGAAAAAUAGUGAAUGGUCGAUCCGUUGAAUCUGUGGUUGUGAUUGGUACCUCUUUUCUCAGGAUGCUAACUCAAAAUUUGAUGUGAUGAAGAACAAGUUUUGUCGAUUUAAGAUAAGAAAGUA